UUAAGCCAGGGGAGGGCAUUUUGGGAACCUGAAAAGGUAUUCAGUUGGUCAUCUCCGCAAAGCACGCACAGCGGAGAAGACCGAAGACACCAUUUCUCGGCAGUCAUAACGCGUACAAACACCGCCAACGCAACAGUGACCACCACAUGUCUGCCACUCCAUUACCACCAUCUCUUCCCUCUUCUUCCACCGGUGCUACGAACAAAACCCUAAAUUCCUCUUCACUCCUCCCGAAACUCCCAGACAUUCAAAUUCAACAAUCUCUGAGACACAAGACUUCAAUUCGAUGCGAGCUCAGGAGCUUCGAGAGUUCUCCUAAGUGGACCGUUGAUUGCGUCUCGGGAAGCGAUCCGAUUCACAUUAUCCUCACUCCUCCACCUACUCCGUUCUCUAUGGUCUCCUCUGUGGCGUUGGAUUCAAAUGUGAGGAGUUCUAAGAGGGUUUGCCUCUUUUACUGUGCAGAAAUGAAGGAUCUCGCUGAGAGGAUUGCUGCUGAAUCUGACGCCAUUGAACUUCGCAGCAUUACUUGGAGGACAUUUGAAGAUGGAUUCCCCAAUUUAUUCAUCUCUAAUGCUCAUGGGAUUCGUGGACAGCAUGUUGCUUUUCUUGCUUCAUUUAGUUCUCCAGGAGUAAUUUUUGAGCAACUCUCAGUUAUAUAUGCACUGCCAAAGCUUUUUGUCUCCUCGUUCACACUCGUCCUUCCUUUUUUCCCCACGGGCACCUCUGAGCGCAUGGAGGAGGAAGGAGAUGUUGCGACAGCUUUCACCCUUGCUAGGAUCUUGUCAAACACUCCAAUUUCAAUGGGGGGACCCACUAGUCUAGUGAUUUUUGAUAUCCAUGCCUUGCAGGAAAGAUUCUACUUUGGUGAUAAUGUUUUACCUUGCUUCGAGAGUGGGAUACCUUUGCUUAAGAAUAGGCUUCAACAACUCCCUGAUUCUGAUAACGUAAGAUUUUUUUUGAUCAAAUUUAGUUUGAGAAACUGUGUUUGUGUUCGGAAUUUAAUUCCAGAAUGUAGACCUUUUGAUCUGCAUUCUUGUUUCUUUUAAAUCAGCUAGUUGAUGUAGUUUAGUAAUGCUGGUCCUAAUUUGAAUCAAUGCCUCCUUUUAACACAACUUAGUUGAACUUUAAAGACAUUUUCCCUCUGCAACUUGGCAUGUUAUGAUACUGGCUGAUAAAGGCCUUUACCCUGCCAAUAUGGGAUGUUGGGAAGGGUAACUUACAUUGGUCUAUUUUGCAUAAAAUGGCUACCGUCAGAGUCAGGUCUGCAUUACCAAUCUAUGGCUGCCAGCAUACAUGUUUUCCAUGCAAGCUGGCAAUAAAGGUGCCAGCAGAUUAAAAAGUCAUUUCCCAUUGUUGGUCACACCAGUGUAGGGUUGGGUUAUUUUUUUUCUUUUUUUUUUUUGUUGGGU